AUGGAUCAAUCAGCUGAUUUUUCAGCAGAAACUCUGCAGACCAGAAGGAAGUGGCACGAUACAUUUAAAAUAAUAAUUGGACAGAUUAUCUGUCAGGCAAGAGCUGCUGUGAUGGUUUAUGAUGAUGCCAAUAAAAAGUGGGUGCCAGCUGGUGGUUCAACUGGGUUCAGUAGAGUUCAUAUAUAUCAUCAUACAGGCAACAACACGUUCAGAGUGGUGGGCAGGAAGAUUCAGGACCAUCAGGUCGUGAUAAACCGUGCCGCUCCUAAAGGGCUGAAGUACAAUCAAGUUACACAGACCUUCCACCAAUGGCGGGACGCUAGACAGGUGUAUGGUCUCAACUUUGGCAGCAAAGAAGAUGCCAAGUUCGCAAGUGCCAUGAUGCAUGCCUUAGAAGUGCUGAGUUCACAGGAAACAGGGCCAACAUUGCCUAGACAAAAUUCACAGCUACCUGCCCAAGUUCAGAAUGGCCCAUCACAAGAAGAACUGGAAAGUCAAAGAAGGCAACUAGAAGAACAGCAACGACAAAAGGAGCUGGAGUGGGAAUGGCUGGAGAGAGAAAGGAUGGAAAGGGAGAGAUUGGUGGGGGAGAGGUUAGAAAGGGAAUGGCUGGAGAGGGAGCGACUGAAGCAGGAGCAGCGAGAGAGAGAAAGACAAGAGCGGGAGGGGCUGGAGAGACAGGACCGGGAAAGGCAAGCAAGAGAGCCGCAACAGCAGCUAGAAAGGGGGCAGCUGGAAUGGGAGCGAGAGCAAAGAGUAUCAAAUGCUGCUGCCCCUGCCUCUGAGGGGACUUCUCCAAACUCUGUGCUGGGAGACUCCUCUGCUUCUGAGCCAGGCUUGCAGGCCGCCUCUCAGCCGGCAGAGACUCCAGCCCAACAGGGCAUUGUCUUGGGACCACCUGCACCCCCACCCCCUCCUCCACUCCCACCAGGUCCUGCCCAGGCAUCAGCUGCGCUCUCUCCUCCCCCAGGACCCCCUCCACUUCCAUCCUCGUCCUUGGGCCUCCAUCUCCUCCACCACCACUUCCUAAUCAAGUACCUCCUCCUCCUCUACCACCUCCUGCUCCUCCCCUCCCUGCAUCUGGAUUUUUUUCGGGAUCCACAUCUGAAGACAACUGCCCUUUAA